GGAAAGCCCAUUGCAAGGAAAAGUACUGCAGUAACUUUUAACCAACAAAAGUUAAUUACUCUAAGUUAUUUACCGCAGGCUAGGGUUCUAGUAAUCUUUCUCCGUAUUUCUCAUCUUUGACGUUCGGAAUUCUGUAAUCUCCUUCCUCAUGAUAUCAAGGGAUAAGAGCUCAUCAACGGCGGCGCAACCUCAAUCGGAAUCGAAUUAUGCCUCGUCGAUCUCCAAAAUAGCGGUGGCACAGAUAUGCGAAUCAGCGGGCUACGCGGCGGCGGAAGCCUCAGCGCUGGCAGUUCUAACGGACAUCGCCGGACUUUACCUCAAAGCAAUCGCCAAAUCCGCCGCAUCAUCCGCCAACUCCCGCGGCCGUACGGAAUCGAACCUCCUCGAUGUCACGGCGGCGCUGGAGGAGUUAGGCUCAGUGCAGGGAUUCGCCGGCGCGUCGAGCACAGCGAGAAAUUCGGUUUUGAAUUCUCCCAUGAUCAGAGAGCUCGAAAAGUUCGUGGAGUACACGGAGGAGACGCCGUUCGCGCAGCCGCUGCCGCCGAGGAAGGCAAUGUCCGGAAGAAAAACGAAACAGCCCAAACGCGGCAACCUCCUCCUCCGCGACUCCCGCGAGUAUAACGAAGGUAGGUUUAAACAUGUUCCGAGGUGGUUACCAUCAAUGCCGGAAAUCGAGAAGGAUGGGAAGGGGGAUGAGAAAUUGGGAUUCGGUCCGAGAAUUGAAUCGGAAUCGGAGAGGCAGCCGGAAAACAACAACGCCGGAAAACAGAGGGAAAAAGGAAACGGAUUAUUGGCCACAAAUAGAACCAGAGUAAGGUUUAAGCUUUCUACACGGCGGAAGUCGCCUUGUACGAAGAAUGGGGGAGUUUGCAGGGGAGGAAUUGGGAAGCGGGUUUCAUGUGAGAAUCACAGAGAUGAUGCAAGGAACAGGAAGAAGACGAAUGAGAGCUUCGAGAAGUCGAAAUCCUUGAUUAAUUCUAAAAAAAUCAAACUUGGUCAUCAUAGUUUAAGGCAUGUGUUGUGACCAAAAGAGAAGAUGGCUUUGUAAUUUAUUUUUGUGUCAUCAUAAUUUAAGGCAUAUGUGCCAUAUGCUGCUUUUGUUAUCGUCCAUUCUUCUUUUGGGGUUAAAAUAAAAUGAUCUUAUAACGGUUUAAUUCUUCAAAUUUGAGAAUGCAUCAAAUAAACUUUAGGAUUGAG